CAAAAAUUUCUAUUAAUGGAAAAUAUUUUUUUUUAGAUUUGUAUUCACCCCAAAAUAUUGUUUUGUGUAUAUUUCUUUGUAAAAUGUCUAAAUUAAAAUGCAAAAGACCACGUCUGGAUAUAAAACAAUCAUCUAAAGAUGAAAAACAAGGGAAAAAUAUAUUUGAUUUGCCAACAGAAAUUUUGGAGAAAAUCAUUGGAUAUGUUAAUAUAUGGCACCAUAAUCGCAUUCGCAAUACUUCAAAACGGUUUAGAGACAUCGAUGACCUCUUUGUGAGGCAUGAAUUCGAAAAAUCAUUGACCAAAGAGAUUGCAAUUGAUCCCAACAGUUACGCCAGUGCAAUAUUAAGGAGCAUACGGCAGGCCACAGAGGUGUAUGUGAAUUCCGGAUUUGAAUCAGUUUUUUGUGGUUGCAUAUUACCCAUGUUGCGAAAUUCAUAUAAAAAUCCAUUUUGCCCUAAAGUUAAUCUUGUAAGUAAAUUUUUAAUACAUUUUUAUAACAUGGUUGAGGACAAAAUUGGCGAUCCCAUGUCUCAAGUUUCAAGGAUUUUGUACACCCUAACACUGAUGAGAUUUUUUAAGUCUUUUGAUAGAUGUUUCGUUAUAUCAUCGGUUACUCUACCAUUACACUGGCGAGUUGUUAUCGAAUUGGAAGGGCCCUGGCUUGGCAUGUUGUGGAACUCAAAGCAGCGGACACCAGGCGAAUUUAGCAGAAACCAUUUGUUAGUCAUACUCACAGAAAUGCUAAUAGCUAACAUAACCGGAAAAGCAUUCAAACGUGUCUGCGAAUGUCCCAGUGAGCUAUAUGUGUUCGGCAAUGAUACGAGCAUUGGCAAACGCAUUCCUCGAACAUCGUUCACAUUUACAGUACAUGGGUCAAAGAAAAUAUGCACAUUGUUUCAAUCUUGUCUUGAGCUCGAUGGACAACAAUUUAUGUGGCCAACAAAAUGGCCUAAAGAUCAGUUUACUGUUAAUUUGGAUAUUACCUGUAAGGAGGCAACCAAAUGGGGCUGUUCAAAAUUGCUGCAUUUAGAAUUUAGUCCAUUUGCCAGGCUAUCGCAGAGCGAAGAAGAUAUGCAAUGUGAAACGUACGAUACACAUUCAAUACUUUAUGAAAAUUGUCCAUAAUUUUUUAAAUAAACUAAAAUUGUUGUAAUAUACUAGAACAAAAGAAUGCAAGGUCGAACAUAACUAUAUAUUAACUCUAAUUUUGAAAUAAAUUUGUAUUAUUGUAAAA